UGUUUCCAUUUCUCAAUUUCAACGCUGAGGCCUGAGGGAGAGUGUGAGUGAGCGAGCGAGUUAGGAGCCGAUUCCGAUUUACAGAUUGAGCGAAAAUGUUUCUCCGGAGAAUUGCGCGGCCGCUGAUGAUGGCGGCGAAAGUGAAGGAGACGACGGGGAUCGUCGGGCUAGAUGUGGUCCCAAAUGCUAGGGAAGUGCUGAUAAAUCUCUACAGGAAAACCCUAGACGAGAUCAAGGUGGUCCCGGAGGACGAGGGCUACCGGAAGGCUGUGGAGGGCUUCACGCGCCACCGGCUCAAUGUCUGCGUCGAGGAACAGGAUUGGGAAAUGAUCGAGAAGAAGCUUGGUUGUGGUCAGGUCGAAGAGCUCAUUGAGGAGGCCAGGGAUGAACUCAAGCUCAUUGGAUACAUGAAUGAAUGGAAACCAUGGGGUAUUCCUGAUGAUUAUGAAUGCGAAGUGAUUGAGAAUGAUGCACCGGUACCCAAACAUGUCCCCCUGCAUCGCCCUGGUCCUCUUCCUGAGGAGUUUUAUGCAACACUGGAGGCUGUCACUACCGGUGGGCUUGAGGAUGCUAAGAAGCCUGCUAUUGCAUCCGAUGGAUCACAGUCAUCCAAGUAAUUGGUUCGUUUGACUUGCUAAUUGACGUGUUACAAAGUCAAACAUGUGCUAUUCAAUCCAUCUUUGUGCUUUUUUUCCUUUACGCUAUUUCAGUAUAGUUCUUUUUACUGGAUCAAGCUGAGGGACUGACGCUUGAAUUAUUAUUGCUUAAUAAUAUCAAACCAAGCUGGUUUCAUCA